AUGUUCAAGACGGAAGUAGAUGCUCCAAGCACGAACAGAAUGCGUCGUUGCUCCUCGAAUUCAGAGAAUAUACCUAUUUUAUCCGCCUCAUUAACUCAAUCACAAUGUUCCUCCACAUUCAAGCGAUCAGACGACUCGGGGCCGAAUACCGCAGGUCGGAAUAAGUUCGAAGCCACUCGGAAAGUAAGUUUUACUUUGAUUUGCUGAGUUUAGACCCGGCGGCGGGGCUAUGAUUAAACUCCCGGCUAGCUGGGUGGGAUAACAUCGAAUUUGAUGGCAAUUUUGUUUUUUCUUUUUAGUGGACAGAUCUAAUAGCCACCUUCAUCGAUGAAGUGCCUCGAGAAGACUAUCGGAGGUUCUUUCGAACGCAUACAGAUGCAUUUACGGGGCAAGUUGCAGCGGAUGUCUUGACGAAUAUUCUUCCUCGAAUUUUCACUGACAGGAAGUGUGAACGGUAAGUUUAUGCUUUCAUUAUUGUGUCUAUUUGGAUUUUAGGGGUUCUCCAAAGUUUUUUUUUGGGUGUAAUCACACCAGCCUCAGAAUAAAACCGAUCCUGUUGACUAGUACAACAUAAAAAUUUUCCGUUUUUCCCAAAUUUCGUGUUUUUCAGGACGAAUGGAGUCCGAGUUCUUCAAAAAUUCCUUGAAGAUCGUAUCAUCGAAGAUGUAGCUGGUGGAAGCGAGUUCAAGGACGACGCGACAUUAUAUCGGCUAACAGAUCUCACCAUCUCCAAGUAUAACCUCAGCGGACCUCCCGCCAAGAUCCGCCGUUCCGCUUCGCUCAACGACAAGGACCGACAGACUCCAGUGACCACCCGCGACUACAGUCGGCCGGUCAAGCUGACAAAGUCAGGCAGCUUUAAGCAUCGAUUCAGGAGGCACGCAUAGAGAAUUUAGUGUGACUGCGUCUGCACUUUGUCGUAUUCUAGCGUUCUUGUGCCUGUUUGCUUUGCGAAAAACAUUUUCACGACUAAUACUGCUCACUUUUCUUGCUGUUGACACUAAAAUUCACAAAAAAAUUAGGUUUUAUCAAGGAUAAUGUCGAUUUUUCAGCUUCCACUCUAAAACUUCGCAGAAUUUCUCGUUCAAUUCCUCUCAAGUCUUCACUCCAAGUGUCCAGCAGACUCCGAUCAGGCCCACAUAUGAUCAAGAAUCUCCCCCGAUCCCAAUUCCGAAUGAUAAAAGAUUCGCCAGAGUCAUCGACUUCAACAACGAUGAUUUGGAGUCAAGAAGGAAAUUUUUGGAUGUUCAGCUCACCGGAUUAUUAGAUGGAAUCAUCGCUGAUGCUAACUUGAGCGAUCUAGAACGGCAUAAACGGCUGAUGGAGGUGAGAUUUUUACUUUUUUGGCAAUUUUUUACCUUUAGACCUACUAUAAUAUAAAAAUUUUCGAUGAUUCGAAAAUUUUCGACGAAUUACCCAAUUCCCUUUCAGUUCAAGCACAACUACCCCAAGAUCUUCGCGGACCGAUACCCGGAGAACUCGUAUACAGCCCCACCGACUCCAUUAUUACAUCGGAUCAAGGACUUUUUGGGUGGAAAUUAA